ACUAGUACAUGCCAGUGGCUGUCUCUGGGACAUCAUGGUGUGCGUGUAAAUCAGUGGUGGCGGGAGUACGCAGUGCCGAACCCUAGAAGAUCAGUUUUGAAGGAAAAUGGAAUUUAGUUAUCAGGACAUUAGGAGACUAGCAGAAAUGCUGAAACCGACAGAAGAAGAUUCAGACAGUGAAGAUGAUUUGCCUCAAAGUGGAAUAUCCAAGUUGGGCCCAGGGAAUAUCGGACCGCAGAAGAGCAGCGGGGAUAGCAGUGGUGCUGCUGCAGUCUCCGGCGACACUGCUGAUGAUAUUAAUAUCUGGGAUGAAAGAGAGGUUCCAGAAGUCGAUGUUGGUGAUAACAGCACGGAUCCCCGUGAGAGACCAGAGUUCGAUAUCAAGUACAGGCAGGCAGUCACUCCAGAAGAUGUGUACCUGCAGAUGGGAGGCAAGACCACAGGUUCUGCGAGCUGCGAGGAUAUGGUGGUGAGUGUGCAGCUGCCAGGGGAAUCACGAGGUCAGGUGAACUUGGCGGUUACUCGCGAGCGUCUCGACGUCCGGUCCCCGCGAUACUGUCUCAGCCUUGCGAUGCCGCAUCCUGUGGACCCUGAUUCGAGCAGAGCAGAGUGGCUCAACUCUGUUCUUGUCGUCACUCUACGGAUGCAGAGAGAUUUCGACUUCAUCAAUUUCUGAUUUCGCCAGCCGUUUUCUGGGCUUCAUUAUUUGAAACUGUAUAGAGAGUGUCUUACAUCUGAAAUUGAAAAUAAACAAUUGUAUCAUUCCCUAGCCUGAAA